AUGAGGUCUUUCUCUAAGAAAGCUAAUAGUUGGAAUCGUACUCACUUUGGCAACUUGUUUCAGAAAAAGAAAAGAAUUCUUGCGAGGCUAAAGGGCAUUCAAGAAAGUUUGGCAGUUUGUCCGAAUGAUCACCUUAUCAAUUUAGAGAAGAUGUUAAGAAGUGAUUUUGCAGAAGUGGCCAAGCUUGAAGAAGAAUUUUGGGCAAUGAAAUCCAGGAUCCUUUGGCUUAUUGAGGGUGAUAGGAAUACUUCCUUUUACCACACAGCAGCCUUGGUUCGUAGGAGAAGAAAUUGCAUUUUGUGCAUGAAGGACAGGAUGGGGAAUUGGAUCAAUGGGGAUAGAGAAAUUUCAGAAUUUAUUAGAGAGGGUUUCGAUGCGCUUUUCACUUCUGGGCUUACCUCCUCAUCAUUGACUAAAUGGAAUCCUCCUUUUGGAGAUUCGGUGAAAAAAGAGAUCCAUCAUAUUUUCACGACAAAGGCUGCUCCCGAAUACCUUAAUAAGACCCUGAUCACCCUUAUCCCCAAAAGCAGAAAUCCUGAGACUUUGAAUAACUACCGCCCCAUUAGUCUUUGUAACACCGUAUACAAGAUGGUGACAAAAAUUAUUGUGGCUCAGUUUAGGCCCCUGCUUCCUGAUUUAAUCUCUCCUUUACAGUCGGCCUUUGUCCCCGGAAGGCAAGGGAUGGAUAAUGCGAUUAUCGUCCAAGAGUUGAUUCACUCCAUGGUAAGGAAAAAAGGUCGAGUGGGAGUGAUGGCAAUUAAGUUGGAUUUAGAGAAAGCUUAUGAUCGCUUGGAGUGGAGUUUUAUUAGGGAUACUCCAAACCUCUAUAAAUUCCCGAAUCAGCUUGUCUCUCUGAUCAUGAGCUGCGUGUCUUCGUCCUCUAUAUCUAUCCUGGUAAAUGGCAGUGCUUUGGAGCCGUUCUACCAUUCUCGUGGUAUCCGGCAAGGAGACCCUCUAUCCCCUUAUCUCUUUAUUUUAUGCAUGGAAGUCCUUGAGGCCCUUUUAGAGGAAAAAUGCAAGGCCAAGCUUUGGAAUUCUAUCAAAGCUUCCCAGGGCAAUCCAGAAUUCUCUCAUGUCUUCUUUGCGGAUGACCUCAUGCUUUUUACCAAAGCAGAUAGGAAGAAUUGCACGGCUAUUAGAGAUGUUCUUGACUUCUUCUGUGAGCUGUCCGAGCAGAAAAUCAGCACUAAAAAGUCCCGGGUCUAUUUUUCUCCAAAUGUUGACCCCGAAAAGAGAACCGAGUUGGGUAAGAUUCUGGGGUUCCGCUCUACUCCUACUCUUGGGAAGUACUUGGGCUUUCCCAUCAAGCAUUCAGGUCUGCAACGUAAUCUUUUAGAUGAAACCUUGGCUAGAACAGCUGAGGUAGCUUAUUUGGUCAGCAAUGGAAGCAAAAACACUAGUCGAAAUAAAAUCCAAGUAAGGCUUUGCAUCGCUCUCAAGCUUCCUGCAAUGGAGAUAGAGUUGGAUGCCAAGGUGGUCAUUGAUUUAGUGAGGAAAGAUUCUUGCGAUCUUAACAGCCUAGGUGCUCUUGUGGCUGAUUGCAAAGAAGGGCUGAAGGAAAUUCCUUAUGUCAAAGUUUUGCAUUGUUUUAGAGAAGCCAAUAAGUGUGCAGAUAACUUAACUAGGAGGGGUGCUAUGUUGGAGCAAGAUUUUAUUGUUUUUAUCCAUCCUCCCACAAAGGUGGAGCUGCUUAUUGAUCUAGAUGUUGUGGGCACCAUGUACGAUCGUUUUGUUUCCUCUGCUCUAGAGGUUGUUUAG